AAGUCCAGCACCGCCUUCAUCCCGGAAUCUCCACCCCCGUCGCUGAUUGGCCGUGCGGCCGGGGUCACGGUGACGUCCGAUUGGCCGGGGAGCACUGUCAAUCAGAGCGGAGGGACGGAACAAGCUGUUUCCUGACGCGAGCAUCAUGGUGGUUGUGAGAAUUUCGUCGGGAGGUGGGAAGCUGUGUCACUAGCGAAAGUGCAAAUUAAAAAAAAAUAACCUGCCACCGUCACGUUAGACAAAACAAGUGUAUGGAAUGUAGCUGGCCGCGAGAAUAAUGGUUUGGGGCUGGGAUCUGAGAGAAAAAUCGCUGCGGAGAGGCGUUCGAGGCCUGUGAGUAAGGAUGAGUAUCUGUGGCCCAACUCCAGCGACUGCUUGCUGCCGAAAAAUCCGAAAGAAAAGCGUCAGAAAGGGAGAGUGCGGCGACCGGCCUGUCGUUGUUGGUCGUGUUUAAAGGGAGGGCCGGCAGGUAGAGGGUGGGUGCAGGUUGGAAGGUUUAUCGUUAACAUCGUCUCGCAUUGACGGGGAAUCAGUCCUUUCGUAUAAAUGCUUCUGGUUGACGAUCGUCCGAGACCCUGACGACGAGGAGCAGUUAAUCCCAGCCGAGAAUGGCGAUACACGCUGGCAUUCUCUUACUGACAAUAUUGGCGUUGCCCAGCGUCCAAGGUGCUCCACUUCCGCAAACAGGUGCAGGGGAAGCAGCUGUUGAAGUCUCCUUGUCACUGCUUAUAGUGUCUGGUUGCAGUCUAGCUGUCCUCAUCAUCCUGCUUAUGAACUGUGCAUCCUGCUGUAAAGAGCAGGGAAUAAAUUUCAAGGAAUUUGAAGAUGAUAAUCCUGAUGAAGAAAAUGAUUUCAUACCACCAGCAGAAGACACCCCUUCGCCUCCAGCACCUGCUGAAGUUUACACGCUUACAGUUCCAAAUAUUAUACUUUCUACUCCAACACAAUUUCAGUCAUCUAAAACACAAGGAGUAUCCUCAGCAUCUCUUGCUCGUCAUCAUCUUAGCUACAUCCAGGAAAUUGGAAAUGGCUGGUUUGGUAAGGUUCUUCUUGGGGACAUCUACGAGGACUCCAGUUUAGUCAGGGUGAUUAUUAAAGAACUGAAAGCGAAUGCAAGCUCCGCAGAACAUCAUAGAUUCCUUAAGACCGGACAGGCUUACAGGGUUUUGCAGCACCCAAAUGUGCUUCACUGCUUAGGACAAUGUGUGGAUGCUGUCCCUUACCUGUUGGUGUUUGAAUUUUGUCAGCUGGGUGACAUAAAAGGGUAUCUACGUGGUCAACAGCAUGAACAGAGCCCCCAUGGUUUGGAGCUGCUACAGAGAAUGGCCUGUGAGAUUGCUGCUGGACUUGCUCAUCUGCACAAGCAUGGUUUUGUACACAGUGACCUAGCACUGCGGAAUUGUUUUCUCACAACAGACUUAACAGUAAAAAUCGGCGACUAUGGGAUAGGAUUCAGCCGGUACAGGGAGGAUUAUAUCGUAAGUAAUGAUGGUCAGUAUAUUCCUCUACGUUGGAUUUCACCUGAGCUUGUGGGUGACGUUUACGGGAGCAUGGUAGUAGCAGAACAGACAAGACACAGCAAUAUUUGGGAUGUGGGUGUUGCUGGAAGAAAUCUGAAAAAUAUGUCUUACAGGUAUGAAGUUAUGCAAUUCUGUUGGUUACCUCCAGAAAAGAGACCAACAGCGGAGGAAAUUCACAGGCUACUGACUUACCUCCGCAUGCAAAGUCAGAAGGAAUGUGAAGAUGACUUUGAAAUCAGAUGGAAUGCACUGAAGUCCAGCAAUAGCAACCGGCAAGCUAUUGCAAAUAAUUCAUCUUUUCCAAUUCUGGAGCAUUUUGUUGCUGAGCGACUGAACCAGGAAAUGGAUGAUAUCCUCACAGUUACAGAAACAAGUAAAGGACUAAACUUUGAAUAUGUGUGGGAAACCGCUAAACUAGACCAUUUUGAAGACCAUGUGCAGGGAACUGACGGACCGAAAGUAAAUUACCAGAGCAUCUUCUACCCCACAAGUGCUUUUGACAAAAGCAGUUUUUCAAUAGUUCACACUAAUUCAGAUGAUAAACUGACCAGAAAAGAGGCUGAUGGAGGUCUCCUUGCUACAUCGGGGAUUGUUCCUGUAUUCAAUGCCCAUUAUCCUUCAGUUGGAAGUGAAUACUAUAUACGGUUAGAGGAACAAAGUGAAACUAACUUAGUUGCUGUUGAGAAUUCAGAAAAUGCCAGCAAAGAAGCCCCUCAGGACUUCGAGUCUUUUGUUAUUCGCAGAGACUCAGGGGACGAGUUGAGUACUGACGUUGAUUUCUUCCCAGGUCACAAUCAAAACUUGCAAAAGUCUGAAGUAAUUGAGACUAUGCUUGGUUCCUACGCCUCUAGCUGUACUGAAAGCCCUCGCCACGAUAAUAUCUUUUAUGACCAUACGUUAGGUGAAAUGCCAUUUAAUAAAGGAUACAUAAACACUGAAGGGAUCAUAAUGCUCGAUCUCCCCAAAUUCAGUGAGACUAAAAGAAAAAGUACAUCUGGUUUAGUUUCAAGUAAAGAAACUCCUAUGGAGUCUUUAAUUCACCAAACUAUACCACUUACUGCAAACACGUCUAGUCCCAUUUUGAAAGACAAAACAGAUAUAGUUUACACAGAAAGCAUCAAUAAUCAUGACAGUUUGGGAUUACUCCAAUCUGAUCAGCUGUUUUCGAAUUAUCUUUUUCUGAAGGAAAAUAAACUUCUAAAUGACUCACCCACAAGUGAUGCCAGCAAUGCACUGAAGGUUGGCACUUUAUCAGACUUUAGUGUUGCCUCUGCAUCACACAUCGCUGCUGACAGUGAGAAAACUCUAGAAUUAACUAAUCAAAACAUGCAAUUAUCCAAUUCUCAACAGCAUGAAGCUGCAGGCAGUGUUGCUAAGCAAGUUAGUUCACAGAGUGGAUCGUUGCAGCCUCUGUUAGAAAAUAAACAGGACCUGUGCAUUUUUUUAGAUGAGGAUAAAGCCACUUGUGAAGAACAGCAAGUUUACCAGGAGUUAGAUGAAGGAUGUAUACUAUAUGAUAACUCAGGGUUAGGAUGUAACACUACUGAUGGCUGCAUCUCUAAUUGCAAUAUCACUUUUCCUCACGAACACUGCCAAGAGACUGCUCAGUGCAGUGGAAGUGCUGCUGCUACCAUGUGCAAUAAUGCCAAAAAGCCCCUUUUUGCAGAAGAUGUAACCCCUGACGUGGCAGAAGAAAGUACAGCUGUGGUGACUAUGCCAGAGUUGACGAAGCAUGUGGAAGUUUUAGAAGUUGACCCUGUUUCUCCAACUCACGGCUUACAUGUAGUCACAUCACAUGAAGACAUCUUAAAACGACCACUGCAAGACGUCAACAAAACACCAGCUGUACAUUCACUGCCUGAGCCCAUGUUGAAAACAUUAGAAACCAGUCCCCAAUCUGAACCUCUGGGUCUUUCUAAAAGUGUAGAAUUGGCUUCAGUGCAUUUUGUUCACUCUCCAACAGAGAUUCUAAAAACAAUAGGCACCAAUCCUCAGUCGGAAGUCUCCAGUGCAUCCAAGAAUAUUGAGGUGUCAGCUUCCAUUCCUUCAGGGCAUUCAUCAGUUGACACGUCAGCAAUACUGGAGACUGGUGAUGUGCCUGAACCUUUAUUCAGUCGUUUUGCAAAUGCUGAAUCUAAGAAUUCUGUGCCUUCCUCAGAUUUAUCAUAUCAAAUUAGUCCCGCAGAAGAAGAUAGUGCAUCUUUCUUGCAUAUCAAUUCAGAACAGUCUACAGAAACACCAGAUUCUUUGGAUUCACUGGAGAUGCACAGGGUGUUGGGGUCAUUAGAAACACAAAGUACAGUUUCUCAGAAAUUAAAACCACCACAAAAACAACCUGACAGUGGCUAUGAAACUGAAAAUCUGGAAUCACCCGAAUGGACGUCACAAUGCUACAAUGCAAGCAUGUCUCCCACCUCAGCUGCCCUGGAUGUUCCCACUGAUGAGUUUGCUAGCUCUUUACCCUCAAAUCCACUUAUCAUUGUAUCCAAGGAGGAUGUCUUCCCCACAACAGAGAUUAUUAAUGGGGACAGACCCAAAGAACCCUCAGAUGCAUUAACUAAUGGUCACCAAAAUUCCCAUAGAGACUCUGCUUAUUUUUCAGACAAUGAUUCUGAACCAGAUAAAAAAGUUGAAUAUGAGAAUGCUGAGAGGACUAAUGAAGAAACUCAUCUUGAAAGUGCUACUGAUUGUGAAGUUAAUCAGGCUAUUGCUGACCAUAGUGACAAAAUGUCAACAUCAUUUGAUUUCCAUGAUGCACUGUCAGUAUCAGAAGAAAACUUGAAUAACAAGAAUAAAGAGUCGCCAAUUUUUUGCUCAGAUCAUGGAGAAUUUCCAAAUUGUUUUAAAACAGGAACCUAUGGUGGAAUUAAUAGUGUGACCAAAGAUGAAAAUUCUGAUAAGUGUUUGGAUAAUUUGGGUGUAACAGUCUCUGAGUCAGUGACCAUGCCAGAGAUUUUGUUUAACGUCCCAGACAUCACUCCGUUUUCCGAAAAUAUGAAGGAAAACUUUGGAAUAAUUGUUGAGAAGGAUAUUAAAAAACCAUUGUCAAAGAGUAAUGAAGGAGCUAGACUAAAGGAACCCGAUGUUGAAGGACGCUACCUUGGCAGGCUUGAUGCAUCUGAAUUCUUUGACCUAUCUGAGGAACAAGAUGGCAUGGAGGCUGAUGAAGAAGAUGAAAACAGUGAUGAUUCAGACGAAGACUACAGAGGCUAUUCUAUUAAUAGCCCCAGUUCAGAGAGUGAAGAUGAUGCAGCACAUCCUGUACCAAUAGUUGUGACUGAGAAUGAUGACGGAAAAUCCCUCAAAAGUUUAUUGAAGGACUGUAGACCCAGACCUCCUGAUCUCCUAACCACAGAUGUGAGAAGGAAGCAAGUGAAGAAGAUUGUGUCAUUUUUUGAUGAUGUCACAGUCUUUCUGUUUGACCAGGAGACCCCUACCAAAGAACUGGGAGACCAUUCAGCAGCAGAAAGCAGUCAGGUUUCUGAUGGUGGCAGCCCCAUCACAUUAACUGGCUCCCAUUUCUCAAGCAGGUUCUCAAACUCUGAGAGCUCCACUGAUGAGGAAGGCGGUGGUUUUGAAUGGGAAGAUGAUUUUUCCAUGUCUUCUUCUGAGUCAUCAUUUAUCACUCAAACAUCAAAUCACCUUGCUUCAUUAAAACCGUCUCCUUCUCCCUCCUCGAGAUACUUUUCCCCUCCACCAUCCUCCCGGGUCUUGGAGCAAAAGUGGACAGAUAUGUCAUCAUCAUAUUCUCGUUUUUCUAUCUCGCCGUCCAAUAUUGCCAGCUUCUCUCUCACUCACCUCACUGAUUCAGAUAUCGAACAAGGAGGAAGCAGUGAAGAUGGUGAGAAGGAUUGAAGCAAAAUGUGGAAAGAAGGGUGCAAUGAUUUUCGAAUUUUUAAAAAUAAUUUGACACUUGACAGAUCAAAUCAUUUCAGAUUUACUUAAGAUGGAUGAAUAAGCAAAUCCACUUCUAAGAAAAUGAAAGAGUUGAUUCACAAUAAUGUAUAAAAUGUUUCAGUUUUUGUGUUCGGUAAAUUUAAGGAUAUUGUCCUUGUUGGUUGCGGUUAAUAUCACAUCAAGAUGGACGUAAGAGAAGUCUGGGGGAUGGAAAACCUUGAGGCUGUCAAUGACACUACACUAGGCAAUCUCCCAUCGAAUGUCUUACUGCUUUACGUGCAAUUUCAGUUUGGCAAAACAUAGGAUUGUUAAUUGUUCAAUAAGAGUUUUGUUCCCUAUAAAAUAUUGCAAUGAAGAGUUGAAAAGUUAUCUAGUUAACUAGUACAUGCUUGCUUUUUCCAGGGAUAAGAGAGAAUACGCAAUAUGCUAGGUCUUAUUCUUUGCCUCCUGAAGUUGUAUUGGAGUUUCAAAGGAGGUUUUGUUCCAAAAUCUGCAUUAUGCUAUUGAUGUAAAAUGUGUCCAGUGAUUUUAUAGUUCUAUAGUUUUGUAGAUAAGCUCGUAAUCAUCUCCAUUGCAGAUAUUGCUGUCCAGUAUGGCAGUCUUGGAUUCUAGUAGGAACAUAGAUGAGAUGCCCGGAACAUUGUUUUACAAUUGUUAUUUUCAGAGGCAGACUUUUAGCUGCAUGCCUUUUGAUAACUGUACUUGUUCAUUUAAGACUGAUCACAAUAUAUGUACAGCAAUAAUGAAAGGGUUGUAACCAGUCUGUCAACAGCUGUAUGAAUUCCAUAGCACUGCUGAAUUUAUCUUGUAUUUUAAACACUACAAAUGACACAAUUGGAUUUGAAACACCCACAUAUGAGUGCACUAACUGUUUUUGUAUGAGUACCUUCAAAAGUUGAGAAAUGCGAAUAAUUUCAGGAAUGUAUCUUUAUAUUAUAGUAACUGAUUAUAUGUCAUAUAUAUAAUUUAUGACCUUCAGUUCUAAAAUUCUGAUUACUCCUACUUUAGAGGGACACAUGUUCAGAGGUGUGUUUCUCACAAGUUUAUUUUUUGUAAGUCAUUAAUACCUCGUAUUGCAGCCAGGAAGACCAGCUAUGGCCCAUCUUUCUUCUCCUGUGGCUUCCAACAAAUGACAGUGUUGCACGUGUCUACACUUUCAACCACAUUCCACCAGUUAUGAUGUUGGUGUUCAUAUACUUAAAAAGGUGUUGAGCUAUGGUCAAGAGUGGUGUAACUUGUACAUAUUUCAAUGUUGUGCUGAGUUUGGUGUAUAGAUGGCAAAAUAGUUGCACAAGUGUGGCACAAGGUAAUGUACUGGGGUGGGUAAAACAGUAGUGCGUCAGUUAUAGUAUUGACUUUGCUAGAGUGAACAUUAGAAAAGAAUGGAAAAGGUCUGUCUAUUCAGGUACAGCAUUAAAUGCCCAUUCAAUUAGAGGAGUCCCAGCUAUAACUCAAACAGAAAAUGAUUAAAUCUGCUCCCCACAGUAAUCAAAAUCAAGCAGAACUGGUAUAGAUUUAUUUUUAGCCAGAUAGUAUUGGGAAAUAUCAGCAAAGUUUUCUGUUAGUUGUUGAAGUGGUCCUUUUUCACUGAGUGGCAGUUUAACAGUCACAAGGAAUAGUCAGUGCUCGGAAUGAAUAACCAUGUUUGAGAUGUGAAUGUACAAAUUAUUUGCUAUUUCUCCUCCAAAUGUAUUUCCAUGUAUUUUUAAUCAUGGAAGUGUAAAGCUAUGCUAAUAGUGUCGUCUUGUUGUUGCCUUGCCCAGGUUGACCAUGUAGAUGGUAAGCAUUGGAAGUUGUCUAUUAUCGGAUCCAUCCAGCUGGCCCUGACCUUUCCCCCUUAUCCAUGCGCACAUGUAUGCACUUCCACCUGGGGGUAUUGACAAAUUAUUAGGAAUCUUUGCUAGGUAGUGUUUAUUUCAGUCCAGGUCUGCUGUUGGUAGCUGUGUGUCACCUAUCACUGCAAACAACCAACACUGGAGAAAUGUUCAUGUCAAAUCUUCAACCUUUUUGGUCUCAGCAUUACUAUUAUUUAUCUUUAUAGCAGGGCAGAUCCAUUAAGAGUAUUUUUCCUCCUUCAAUUCACCAUCCUUGUUCCUGUUUGUCUGAAUGUAACAAAUCUACCUAAACUAGGGAAUCUUCUGGAUGUCUAGUGCCCUAUGGGAAUAGAAUUAGAGCAAGCCAUUGGAGGGUGUAGGGUGUAAGAAGAGUGAUGAAAUCUGUUGUAUCUUUCUUGAUUUUAGCGCAGGGAGGUUGAGAUUUUCAGGGCAUUAAGCUGUACGACAGUUUUGAGCUCAAGUAAACCUCACUGUUGUGAGAAAUCAGACUGAGGAUCUAGUUAUAAACAUUCUUUCAUGGCAUUUUGGCUUUCUUUUAUAACUUAGUAAAUAGGUCCUCAUCUGAGCGAAUUCAUACUUGGCUGCGUUUGUUCUGAAUGUCAGUGGAACAGUUGCAAGCAAAGGCAUGCUAGCAGGGAAUCAAAAUUUGAGGAUAAUUGAGCCAGGGCCCAAGAGCAUCUUCAAACUCUGAAUUCUGAAGUUAUUAAACUGCUUGUUUUCUGCCACCUUGAGUCACUGAUAGAUGUGGAGUUCAUGGUGUUCGGAGAAUGACUUUCAGGAGUAGAUCUCAGAGUGUCCACCUUAAUCCCUCAAUUUAAAGAGGGUGUAUCUAUUCAGAAUUCCUAAAAGGGAAUUCAUUUGGGAUAUUCUAGAUGAGUGGACUGUCUACUGGUGCAACAGUUUAUUCAUAAAUUUGCUCUGCUUUGGAGCCAUUGCGCCAUUUCAUCUAAUAAUAAACUGAUUCCUUGAUUUUGCAAUUUACUAUAAGUGUGCAGGUAGCUUUCUUGAAUCAGAGAAUGUGUGACUACUCUGCUUUUAGUAUGCAGACACAUUUCUGGGUGAUGCUGGAAGGUUUUCAAAAAGAAGAAAUUAAUCAAAGAUUCCCAAAAACAUAAUUUUGCACAGGGUUUCCCACAACUGAUCCAAACUACAGGUUUGAAAUGUCAUGAAGAUAUUUUGCAAACUCCGUAAAGACUUAGAAAAUCACAUGGAACUCAAUUCAAUUCAGAAAACAUUAAAGACUGAUGUAGGACUGAAAACUGUCCUGUAGGAGUGGUUUUCUAGGAAGCAGAUUAGAUAAAUGAUAUGAGCCCUACAGACUUCCUUAAAGGUAGAGAAAUCCUAGUGUCAUCUGUUGGAAGGACCACUAGUUCAACCGUGGUGUAUGUGGGUGGUGACGUGUACUUUUAUCUUGCUUGAACUAAGAACAGGUGUUUAAAAUGAGACAUUGGUCAUUUUUCCCUCAAUGAUUCUCUAAGCCCUGAAUCCUUAAAAUGGGAUUCAUUGCAACUGCUGUAACUUCCAAUCAUGCAGGGUUUCAAGUAUUUUUUGAUUUAGUGUUUAACUACUUAACUCCACUUACUGGUAAUGAACACUGUCAAACAGAAGUAGUAAUUGACUUUUUUUUAAAUAAAAGAUGUUGAAAGCAUUAAGUUAAGGGAAACUGAGAUUGGAUUUUUAUCUUUUAAUGAGCGGUAAGGAUAUAGCAAGUUUUGCAGAAAAUCUGUAGGAUUUUCCCGAUUAGUUUCCUCAAGUAGGAGGAUAAAGCAAAUGGAUGAUUUGAAAUGUCAGCUUUGCCACUAAUGAUUGGAUUUCCAUACUGCUCAGAAUUGAGAUCUGAGCACUGAAGUUCAAUACCUGACAGUACAUAAGUGUGAUGGACAAUGGACAAGCAAUAGAUUUGAAGAAGCUAAUGCUUUACACCUGAAUGUCCCCAUGUUCUUUAGAUGCAAAAUAAUAGUUUUUUAAAAACUAUUCCUUGAAUUGUGAAAAAUAUUGCAAUUGUUCUGUAACUCUUCAGUUAUCUGUGAGGGAGCUGUUGCUAGAAGUAUGAAUUCCAGUUGAGCAUGUGAGUGGGGAGUAUGUAGUACCGCCACCCAAUAGUAACCUCUGCCUUUCAAGCAUUUGCAGUGCUUAUAUCCUCAUGGUACUGUCCCACACUAUCUAAAUACUUAGUGUUAAAUUUAGGAAAUGUCCACAAGCCAAUUGUGACCUGUUGUUGGGAAAUUAGUGCCUCUGUGAAUCAGAAGCUAUCUGUGAGGAUACUAAAAAUAAUUGCAGUACAAAUGUCCUUUAUGAAUAGAUCCAACUGCACUUCAUCUCCUUGUUUCAAGAGUUCAGCAAAGGAAGUACAUAUUUGAUAUGUGGAAAUUAUUAUUUCAAUCUUUGGAUUGUGUUUCAGUUUGUAAAACUUCACAGUUACUGUUUACAUAUUUAAAUACAAACUAUAGCAUGUUGAUUUUGUACUUGUGGUUUCAGUCCUGUGCAGUCACGCUCUGUCUCUCCCCGUCCCUCACUGCCCCCCUUCCCCCAGUGACCUUGUAAAACGACGCAAGUUUGUUCAACAGGUCAUGGGAUAAGUGUAACUUUAUAUUGAGGUUAGGUGUAUCGUGACAUGUGUCAGUUAGAAAAACUGUUAGUUCAUAUGUUGUUUUCAAACUAAUGAACUGUAUAUUUGAAAGUGAGGGGAGCACCUGUUGAAUUUGGAUUACACCACUAUACCUCAUUUGUACAUGCAUAUAUGUUGCAAUGGACUACUCCAUUACAUUGCUGAGGUACUGUGCAAUAUCAUAACAUUGAAAAAUGAUUCGUGUUCUCUAACAUCUAAUGACACCUUUGAGUGAAAAAAUGUACAGAAGUAUUUUCAUGUUUCUUGUGAGAAGUACAGGAUCUAUUUUUACCAAUCACUCAAAAAAAUGCCUAUUUAUAAGCCCAAACUCUCCAGAACCAAAUGUAGAAAUAAUCUAGGAGGAAAGAAACUUCAUCUAAGGGGACUCAGAAAUCCAAACCCUUAAAGGUAUGAUUAAGGUGAAUGACAUUUAAUUCUAUAUUCUUUAUACAAAACAAUAUAGCGGUAACUCAUUUGUAUUGUUCAGUUAUGAUGGCAGUCAAAAUCCUUGUCUUUGUUUUCCAUUACUAGUCAGAUAAUUUUUUUUUGCUGAGAUGCGGAAGUAGCGAAAGGCAUCUUGCAAAUAGGAACACUGUGGUUCUUUUAAUAUUGUCCUCCACCUAAUGGUGAUUUAUUAAACAAACCACACAUCCCCAAUAUCUUUGGCAGGCUGAAGAGCUGCCAAUAAAACACGAGUGCAAUUACUCUUCCAGCUAUGUGUGCAGCAGCUUUAUUUGGUGCUACACACCAUGAAUUUUAGGUUUCAGGUUCCAGGUUCCACUUAUUGGAUUGUUCAGAACAAUUUGGGUAUUUUGUUUUUUUAUUAUUCAAAUAAAUGUUCACUUGGUUCCAAACUCCAACAGUACUGAAUAUUUUCAGAAUGCAGUGCCGAGGAUGAUCUGUAAAGUUGCUAACUUAUUAAAACAAACUGCAAAUAUAGGUUCCAGCAUGUAGCAGAUUUUGCCAUGUUACUGCACACAUUUAGGACGUUUCGAAUUGAACAAUACAUUAUGGUCCAACUGUGGUCUGGUUAAUUCUGGGUGAACAUAUGAGCCAUGGGAUGUGCCUCAAUGAUCAAAAUCUGCAUGUUCCUUUUAAACAUACUUUGCUGGAGGGGUUCAUGCUUGAAAAUUAUUUGUAAAUAGUGAAACUCUAUCCCCAACCCCCAUCCCAUUUAAAAUUGAAAGUUGUGCAUACUUAUUGUCAAUAGUAGCCUGUUCGACAUUAUUUUGGAUCUACAAAAUCAUUGAUGAAAAUACAAAAUUAUUUUGUUCAAUGUAUUGCUUUAUCUUGCACAUUUGAGAAGUAUAACUUAAUGUUUGAUGGUACUGGAUGUAUAUAAGUGUUUAAUUCUGUCUGUAAAUGGGAAAUGAUGUAACAAAGUCAUAGAUACAGGUUUCCUUUUGUAAUUUAAUAAAUAUAUUAUGAAAUUGAUUGCAAAUCACAGUUAAUGAAAAACGAAAUCAGGUCACUGUCCAUGAAAUAUGUACAUUUUGAUAUGUAAUAUUUUUACUUUAAUUUCCAUGCAUAGUGUAAUUUGAAAAAUUGUUUAAUUUAAAUGCACUAUG